GUCAUCAAAACUGAAAAAUCUGACUUGUCUACUUGUCUUUUCCUACAUUUGCUUUCGGAACAUAAGCAAAUUUGUGUUUUCUGUUUUUUAAAAAGAAAUAACCACCUUCAAUUGGAUGAAAUUAUCAAAAACUAAUCACCAACAACUGAAUCGAUUCUCUACAACACAAAUUUACCAUCAACUGCCUCGCAUAAUUCAACUAAAGAUAAUGUAAAACUUAAAACUUUUCCAAGUGCAAUCACCUGUGUUCUUCCCAUCGCAUACAAAAUUAUCCAACCGAAGCAAAUAAAAUUUAACUAUUAACCAACCCUCACCGUCACCGCUAACCGCUAACUGCUUUCAUUUCCAACCGACAAUUAUAAGUAGCUUCUUUAUCACCAUUUCCUUUAAAUUCUAUGCAAAUUUUCUUAAUUAAUUGACUCCAAAAUAUAAAAUAGGGAAAAACCGAUAAAAUUUCGUCGUCGUCGUCUUCGUCGGUUCAAAUUUCGAAAGGACGUACUCAACUUAAACCGCGGGUGGGUGUGAAAAUCUGAAAAUAAUAACAAAAAGAAAACUGAAACUGAUUAGUCGGUUCAGUAGGCAUGUUGCAGUGCUUGUGCUCCUCCUGUUGAGUCAUUCAUUCACUCAUUCAACAGCAAUCUACAACAACCCUCUCUCUUAUCAUCAUCAACCUACAAAAGUUUCAUAGAUUUUAGUUGAGGAUUGAUUCGGUUUUAAUCCACAUUCGUGAAGUGUUUCUGUUUUGUUUGUUUUUGUCUUCAAUUGAAAUUGCCUUAGAAUUGUUGGUGUGCUGGCUUUUCAGCAGCAAAUUAGCAAAAUGUUUGCCUCGCUUAAAAACAAAAUCAAAGAAGAAACCGGAUCGGAUGUGGCUAGUGCUCUGCCACCACUGGCCACCGCCGCCGCCACCGCAACCGGUGCUGGUGGUCGGGUAUUGAAUAACAAUAAUCGCAUGCGUAGUCGUUUGUCAUCGACUAUCAGUGUGAAUUCCAUGGACGAUGCGGCUUCCCUGACAUCUCAGGGGCCCCACGGGACCGAUCAUAUUGAAGUACACACCCUACGCAGCCAAUGCAAUGAUUUAUCAACAAAAGUCACCGAUCUCACCCAAAGACUGCAAUCGCUUCAAGAAGAGAAAAAUCGCAUUGAAAAAACCAAUGCGUCUCUAAUGGAAUCGGUUAAAUUAGCCCAAAACCAAAAUAGCCUACAUUCGGAGGAACAAGAAAAAAUUCAAAACAUACAACAAAUUGAAAUUGAAAAACUAAAAAGUCUUCUAUCGUUUCGUGAACAAGAAGCUGUUGAUCGGUUAGCAGCAAUGAAACAGAAUCAACAACAAAUUGAGAAUUUAACUGGUGAGCUGGAACGUUUAAAGAUGCUCGAACCAAUGGUUGAGGAUUUGCAGGACGAACUAGAACGUUUCAGACAUUCAGCACAAUUGGGUAAAAAUAAUCUCACUACAACUCUGGCUGCAGUUGAAGAAGAAAAUCGUCACCUUAAAGUACGCCUUCAAAUUGUCGAUCAAGCUCGUAUGGAUACAAUAUUAUCACUGGGUUCGGAUGAAAAAAUACAAGCUCUAGUUCAGGAGAGAAAACUUCUCGAACAACACUUAGAAGAAGCCCACCUACAAUUGUCUGAUAUUAAAAGUUCGUGGAGUGGACAAAAUCUAGCCCUAGAAACGCAAGUUAGUCGCUUAUCAAAACAGGUUGCUGAAGAGACGACUGAAAAGAGAAAAGCCCUAAAAGCACGUGAUGAUUAUGCAGAAAAAGUAAAACAAUUAGAAUUCGAAAUGGAAAAGCUUAAAGAUGAUCUCCAACAAAGGGAUACCAAGAUUAAACUUCUCGAAGAAGAAAUCGAUGAGUUGAACUUGGCUCUUAAAGAAAGUCGUGAGGAGGGUGAACAAGAAAUUUUGUGUGUGCGUAAUAAACUUGAAACCCUUGAACAAGAGAAACUCGAACUUCAAACCCGCCUCACAGCUGCCGAAGAACGUUUCACCGAAUAUGCUGAUAAUUCUGAACAAAUAACCCAAACCCUACGCCAACAAAACUCCCAACUUCAAGAACAAUUAACUGAAAUUUUAAAUUGUCUGGAAUUAGAAAAGGAAGAAAAACUAACUGCACUCCUGCGUAAUGCUGAAAUAUCUCAAAGUGAAGAGAUAUUAAAAAAAGAAUUACGCAUGGAACGUGAUGAAACAAAUGAAUUACAAGAAAAAACCGAAGAACUUCAAUCGGAAGUAAAAGAUAAGAAUUUAGAAAUUUCCAAAUUAAAAAACGAACUCAGUGAACUACAAUCUGUGAUCCAGGGACAAGAAGAGAAAAUAACGCAUAUCGAUGAUUUAAAUACCGAACUGAGUGAAAAGAAUAAGACGAUAAAAAAUCUAAACCAACGACUUGCUGAUAUUAAAAAGACAGUUCAGAGGGAGAUGCGUGGGAGCAGUAGUAGCAGUAAGUCAUUCGAUAAUGGCAGUUCGUUUGAUUCCAUAACCGGAAAUGGUGUUUAUCCAUAUUCUACGGCGACUCAAGACGGUGGUAUUGUGAUGGAUGAAGUUAAUUUUAAAUAUUUGAAACAUGUGAUUGUGAAAUUUUUAACCAGCAGAGAGGUUGAAGCAAGACAUCUUAUUCGAGCAGUGGCGACGUUACUUAAACUUAGCAAAGAAGAAGAAAAGCUUCUAAAUGACACGCUUAACUGGAAAAUGAGUUGGUUUGGAUCGAAACCCGAUCAUGGAACCGGACAAAGAGCAUUCUCGAUACCACCAAGUUAAUAUUGAUCACGAUGUAUAAAAAUAUUUAUUAUUUUCCUAACAUUAAAAAAAUGUAUUUAAAUAUUCAACAACAACAAACAUUUAUUGAUAUUUACAUU